AUGACUCAGGCUGAAUUUGAACUGAUUUUGGCAAGGAAGGCCAAAGAAUUUAUUCAAGUUUACAAUUCACCUCCAAAAGGCAACGCCAGCUGGGAUGUUUUUACUCGAAUUCGAACCCUUGGAAAAGGAGCUUUUGGACGAGUUUUUCUAGUUCGUUAUAAAGACACUGAAAAGUAUUACGCCAUGAAAGUGCUAUCCAAACUUGAUAUUGUUAAAUCUCGCCAAAUCGCCAGUGCUAUUAUGGAAAAGAGACUUCUAGCUUCUGUAAAUAUUGAACAGAUAACCAGGUUGGUGUAUACUUUCAAAGAUAAUAGCUUUCUAUACCUCGUAAUGGAAUUUGUUCCUGGUGGUGAGCUUUUUUCCUUGUUGAGAAGUAUGAAGUAUUUUUCGGAACCUAUGGUGAAGUUUUUUGCUGCUCAAGUUCUUCUCGCAUUUGAAUAUCUCCAUUUUCUUACCAUCGCUUAUCGAGAUUUAAAGCCUGAGAACCUACUUUUAACUGCAGACGGUUUUAUCAAGGUUACCGACCUUGGAUUCGCAAAAAUGCUGCCUGUUGAUAAAAGAACUUGGACGGUUUGUGGAACUCCAGAUUAUAUGGCCCCAGAGAUUAUUAUGAAUAAGGGCUACGGACAUGCCGUAGACUGGUGGGCAUUUGGAGUACUGCUCUAUGAAAUGACAGCAGGGUUUCCUCCUUUUAUGCAUCAAGAACAGAUGAAGACUUUUGAACACAUAAUCUCAGGAAAGGUGAAAUUCACGAAUCAGUUCAGUAAUGACUUGAAAGAUCUCAUAAAGAAUCUGAUUCAGACCGAUCUCUCGAAGAGAUAUGGGAAUUUGAAGAAUGGGGUAAUGGAUAUCAAAGGGCAUCCUUAUUUUAGUGAUACGGAUUUCAUAAGUAUCUUUACUCACAAUGCAAAACCGCCGUAUGUUCCAAGGGUAAGGACUCCUGGGGAUGCCAGCAAUUUUGAAAAGUGGGAGGAAGAGGAACUUAUCAUUGCUGAAAGGGAGAAAUUCGCGACGGAAUUUGCGGAGUUUUAA